AUGUCUUCAUCAACACAACACCACCAAUCAAGUCGCUCGUCAGAAUGGACGGAAGAAAUGCGCGAUAAACAAGCUCGCGGAAAGAAUCCAUACAGCGAGGAAAGCGACGUGAGCGAUGCCGAACCAAGGCGCCUUGGACCGCGGUAUCGUUCUCCCGCUUCACUGUCUUUUGGCACCGAAACUGAUUCCUACAGCCAAAUUUAUGAAACACACAUGGAGAGGGAACGAAGAGGAGAAGCUAUGUACAUUCUGGAUAACCCUGCGGCUCUCAUGGCACAUGCGCAAGCCAGCGGCGACAGUAUCGCUGGUCAACGCCUCCGAUUUAUGCGCCAAUUAUGUGGUUUCGACGAUAAGCACGACGAUACCACUGUAACAAAUGUUACUCUUGGUAAUCCCAUUUCGGUGUAA